AUGAGCCGUGGAGACCAGAGGGAUCGUGAUCGGCAGAAACGUCAAGCCAGGGAAGCUUCGAAAAACAAUGUGACGCAACGAGAAGGUACACCUCAACAGAGAAAUGCUGAUGACAAGGCUGCUCUUCUCGCAAAGUUAGAAGCCAAGAAAGCAAAACAGCUUGCUGAACCGCUCGACCAAAAUGCAAAUAUACCUGUUCCACGAAAGAAAGGAAAGAAACAAUCGGAAACUUUGGAUGAUCUAUUGAGUGCUGGGCUGGCAGUCGGAAAGAAAAAGAAGAAAUAG